CUGUGGAAGCACUUCGACCAGGAAAUCUCAGAUUGUUGACGGGCGACAGUUUAGCUGGUGACCGUUGGGGAGCGGAGAAGUUGUUUUUAGUAUUAAAAGGUUUUAGUUUUCAUUUGUGCGCCAUGGCAUCUCUAUUCAAGAAGAAGACAGUCGAUGACAUUAUAAAGGAACAGACUAAGGAGCUUCGUGGUACUCAGAGACAGAUCACUAGAGACAGAGCUGCUCUGGAGAAACAGGAGAAACAAAUGGAGAUGGAGAUAAAGAAGAUGGCUAAGUCUGGGAACCGGGAGGCCUGCAAGAUCCUGGCCAAGCAGCUGGUCCAGCUGAGGAAGCAGAAGAACAGGACCUACGCCGUCAGUUCAAAGGUCACCUCCAUGUCUACACAGACCAAGGUCAUGAACUCCCAGAUGAAGAUGGCAGGAGCCAUGUCUGCUACGGCUAAGACAAUGCAGGUGGUGAACAAGAAGAUGGAUCCUCAGAAGACCCUCCAGACCAUGCAGGACUUCCAGAAGGAGAACAUGAAGAUGGGCAUGACAGAGGACAUGAUCAACGAUACGUUAGAUGAAAUAUUUGACGAGUCAGGUGACGAAGAAGAAUCUCAGGACAUUGUGAACCAGGUUCUGGACGAGAUUGGCAUUGAGAUCUCUGGAAAGAUGGUGAGAGCCCCAGCAGCAGGGAACAAUCUCCCCUCUGCCUCUCCUAAACGGAAAACACAGAUCUCUGACGAUGAGAUAGAGAGACAGCUCAGAGCACUGGGAGUUGACUAACACAGAUACACACAGAUACACACACACACCUUGGGCUAGGUAUGUGUACUUGCAGGCUGUUGGUCCAUGUGUCGGAGACUGGGAGACUGUGGCUGGUUAUGAAUAUGUAGUGACUACAUUAUGGAAUAAUAUAAUGUUUUAUUAUGACCCAAACUACAAUCUGCUGAAGGAUGGGAUAUUUAUGUACAUACAGACAGUUGACUCCGGUGACUUCAAUGUAUACAUGAUAUUUUGGAAGGACCAAUCCUGUGGGAGGAUGAAGUAAUGAUGUUUUUUGUGCUCUCACAUCUUUAGGUACGGUACUAUAGAUGCUGGUGAUGUCAUAGACUACUGACGAUGUGUCUGUAGUACCACUUACAUUAACUCUAGGAACUACUGACAAUGUGUCUGUGGUACCACUUACAUUAACUCUAGGAACUACUGACAAUGUGUCUGUGGUACCACUUACAUUAACUCUAGGAACUACUGACAAUGUGUCUGUGGUACCACUUACAUUAACUCUAGGAACUACUGACAAUGUGUCUGUGGUACCACUUACAUUAACUCUAGGAACUACUGACAAUGUGUCUGUGGUACCACUUACAUUAACUCUAGGAACUACUGACAAUGCUUGACUUUUUCACUAAUAAACAUUUUGCAUGAGAAUCUAUGGAAUCAUCUUGACCAAACUGCGUAUCCGUUAGGGACAUACAGUUGAAGUGGGAAGUUUACAUACACUUAGGUUGGAGUCAUUAAAUCUUGUUCUUCAACCACUCCACAAAUUUCUUGUUAACAAACUAGUUUUGGCAUGUCGGUUAGGACAUCUACU